ACCCCAUUCCGCUCUGACCAAUACCUGGAGAAGAGGCGUGGCCCGAGGGGGCUUUUUAGACCACAGGGCGUGGCUACUUCAGGAUGGCUUCAGACUCGCCCAGCUCUUCCCGGGUUGAGUUAAACAAUCUGCGUUCUUGCCUUGGGGUCCUCCUGGCUAGUCGGUCGGGCCUCCUCUCUCAUCACCUGCGUGUUCUUGUAGCUUCAUCUCCUUGACUUCUAGCUUUCUUGCCUCCCUGGUGACCUCGACUGGCUCCUUCUGCAACCUGGAACUAAGAGAAAAACGACAUCUUACCUCCUCUCUCUCUCCCUCUUGGUUUUUCUUGGGUCUUAGUCUUCUCUUGGGCUCCUCUUAUAUUUUAGAAGAAAACUGCAAUUGCGGGACCCCUCAAACUUCAUUCCCAGACACAGCGGGUCUCCCAUUGGUAUUUGAACCAGCUGCUGGACAGCUGGCUCGUACCUCCACCUUCUCUCUCUCUUUCUCAACCCAAGCCUAAAACUGACUUGAAGUGGGACUGACACUACCGCUUCUCUACAUCAUCAGUUGGCUUCAAGUUAGGGGCUCUAGAGAUCUGCUAGACUCUUGGCUGUCGGGCUUCUGUUAGUGGUCAGGCCAGAAGGAGGAGGAAAAAGGAGAACUGGGGACUGCUUUUCUUCUGCUUGCUUAGAAUCCCUCCCUGUUAGCAUCAGUCUUAACUGUUUUGGGGGACAUUUGAGCUCCUGCUGCCUCUUUCCAAGGCGACUCUCUUCGAGUCAGAAGUGUGAGUGAGUUCCACUUUCUGGACACCUGCGCCGAAUCCGCUCUCCCUGAAUAAGUCGGCAUGGCUGGGUACCCUUUCUCUGUCCACCGUAGCAACCUCCCUGCUGUCCCUUCCCAUGAAGCGAGCGGGGGCUUCUUGCCUGAAACCUUUAAUGGAGCAAUUCCUGGGCAGGGCUUUCCCUUCAGGCCUGACUACGGGCCCCAAGGAGGAGGGAUGGUGGAGUCCCAUCCCGGUGGCGGAGAGGCUCCUCGAACUUGCUACUCCUUCGCUGCGGGCGGGGAUGCUUGGAAUCGCCAUCAUUCGAUGAUGACGGGCCCUUAUAUGGUCUCUCCGUCGGCAGAGGUCUGCCCAGGCGGCCCAAAGGUUGACAUCAAGGUGGAGCGAGACUUUGACCAACCAGCGCCCUACUAUGGGCUCCCCUGGACAGGAACCCACAUGAGGUCUUCCUCCUCCUUGCCCUGCACCGGACCGGGCAACAGCAGGGAGACCGUCUCGCCUGACGACGAGCCCCGGCCUUCCAGCAGCCAGGCUAACCAGCUUGAGGAGAGGGGCAGCGCUGACAGCAGUCCCAGGAGCGAUGGCAGUCGAAGUCCUAGUGGGCCGCUGCCCCCUGGAGAGGGCCGGGAAGAAGGUGGCAGUGAAGAUGAGGAGAGGCCUCUUCCUACCAAUGAGGAACUGGAACAAUUUGCCAAGGAACUGAAGCACAAAAGAAUCAACUUGGGCUACACUCAGGCCGAUGUGGGACUGGCUCUGGGUGUGCUGUAUGGUAAGAUGUUCAGCCAGACCACCAUCUGCCGCUUCGAAGCCUUGCAGCUUAGCUUCAAGAACAUGUGCAAACUGAAGCCCCUCCUCCAGCGCUGGCUGGAGGAGGCGGACAAUAAUAAGGACUUGCAGGACCGAUUGUGCUCCAUGGAGUCGGCCAUGAUCCAGGCUCGGAAACGCAAACGUACCAGCAUUGAGACCAAUGUGCGGGGCGUGCUCGAGGCUCACUACCUGCGCUGCCCCAAGCCCACCCUGCAGGUGAUCUCGCAGAUUGCUGCUGAGCUCGGGCUGGAUAAGGAUGUUGUCCGUGUCUGGUUCUGCAACCGUCGCCAGAAGGACAAGCGCAACUUGGGAACUGGCUCUCGGGAUGAAUAUGACAACCCUGCUCUUCUGUCGCCCUUCCCUAACCCACUCCAAGCUCCACCCCCUGGCCUAGGUCCUGCCCACCACCAAUUAGCCCCACCACCUCCGGGCUACAAUGGAGCUGCAUUCACUACUCUUUACCUUCCCCAGUUCCAUGAGGGGGACCCAUUUGGCCCUUCCACAUCCAGCUCCACAGUCAUGGGCCAGCCAAUGCCUUCGAACUGAAGCAUGCUCGGGCAAGCCUCUCCCUCCUACUUAACUUUUAACAGGGAGGGUCCCUUCUGGCCACUUUUUGCUUCUUGAGAUUUUAACCAGGGGGCCCUUCAGGAAAGGGAGAGGCUAACUUCUCUCUCCUGUCAAAAAAAUAAAUAAAUCAGGAAUGAAUGACUUAUAAUACUCUGCUUUUAAUCAAGAAAACGUGUUAAAUCCUAGUUCUAAACUGAUUAUGUAUUUCCAUGUAAAAGUUGCUUUUAGAACCAAAAGUGUUAAAAAAAAAAGUGUAGUAAUUUCCUAGAGCCAUCAGUACCUUCUCAUCUCCAGUAAAUCUUUUACUAUAAACAAGGAACAUAUUUUAAGUUGAAUAUGUCUAUUUCACCCCUCUUCUCUGGGCCCCCAGUUAAAGAACCUACAGUCUUAAAGAGACUGAGCAUGAUCUGGCUGAACCUAAGCACUUUUGAGUAACACUUUACUGUUGAAAUCAGAGAAGUGCUUAACGAUGGGCUAGCUCAUCCAAGCUGAAGAUGAGAUGGUAAAAGUUCUCUCUGGAGUGUACCAUUUGAGACUGCAGGUGGAGUGUGUGUGUGGUUGAAUUGCUUCCACAUUGAAGUAAACUUCCCUUCACAUAGGCAACUAGCUGUUGGGGAGAAGUGUGGCUAGAACUCUCUAAAACAAAAACUAGUUUUCUGAGUGAAAAGUGUUUCUUCUAUGGAAGAGCAUUUUGGAAUGGUUAGGGAUUUUAGAAUGUGAUUUGCUGUGCUGUGUGAGUUUGGCCUAUGGCUGGAUCAUCUCCAUUUUGACUGGAAAAUUGUUGUUAGCAUCUUUGUCCUCCAGAAGUUCUAGAAUGAGCAGUGACCAGAGUAAUGAAUAAUUGAUCUUGAAGAGCUGCAUAGCAACCUUUUGUGAAAUGUAUCCCCCUAUGGGUCUCCUUUCCCACCAACUUCCCUCAAAAUGGCUUCCUUUCUAGAUGCUGACCAUCUCUUUGGAUUUGCAUGGGGAAAGAGUUGUAACAAUUCUGAGAUCAGUGAAUGUUGCCCAUUGAAACCCAUUGCCUGGGGUGUGGAUGUCUGGAUAAAUGUCUUCCCCUCAGGAUGCUCCUUAAGGCUGUACAAAAUCUAAAUCUCUUAAAACGUGCGACAUGGAAUAGCAGCACCUAUCUAUGGAUUUAGGCUGGUUUUUCUCCCUCCUUUCUACCUUGGCCCACUCAUAAAUUCCUUAAAUCUUAUGGCAAACAUUUGGUGGAUUAAAAAGGUUUUAAAAUAUUAUUUCAAGAGUUGUUUAGAUUCUCUUUGCUCCCUUCCCCAUUUCUUUGCCUCCAAUAUUGACUAUUGCUUCUGAUAUUGGAGAGGGAUGGUGGUUGUAGAGUUUUAAAAAACAAACAUCGAUUAGGAUCUGAGUUUUCUGUAACUGAUUAUUGUAAUGUGCUCUUGGCACUCGGAUUUGCAUGCAUAACGUUUCUCAAGAUAUCCAUAUUAAAUAAAAAUGGCUAA